UGGAACAACAAAAAGGUAACAGAGGCGUUCUAGUACAGAGGAAUUACAAACAACCAAAGGCGGCUAAUAUGAGAGCUGUUGAUGGAAGAUUCUGUGAGGAAUUCUCACCAGCUUAUUACGGGGUUUGCGCCAUGGGGGGAAUGCUCAGUGCGGGGACGACCCAUCUCGCUAUUACUCCUCUGGACGUCUUGAAAGUGAAUAUGCAGGUGAACCCCAUCAAGUAUAACAGCAUUUAUUCUGGGUUAAAUAUCCUCUUGAAGGAAGGAGGCCCUUCUGCUCUUUGGAGAGGUUGGACUGGGAAGUUACUUGGAUAUGGUGUUCAAGGUGGCUGCAGAUUUGGUCUAUAUGAAUAUUUCAAGAAGCUUUACUCUGAUGUGUUGGUAGACCAGAACAGGAGCCUCAUCUACUUCAUCAGCAGUGCAUCUGCUCAGGUGUUUGCUGAUGUGGCUCUGUGCCCUUUUGAAGCCAUCAAAGUCCGUGUUCAAACACAACCUAAUUUUGCUAAGGGCUUGGGUGAUGGAUUUCCAAAGUUCUAUGCAAGUGAAGGCUUCUCUGGCUUUUACAAGGGGCUUGUUCCGCUUUGGGGUCGGAAUCUUCCAUUUUCUAUGAUUAUGUUUUCGACAUAUGAGCAUUCAGUGGACUUUUUAUAUCGUAAAAUCAUUCAAAGAAGGAAAGAGAACUGCUCAAAAGCUCAACAGCUGGGGGUGACAUGCGUAGCUGGCUAUACAGCCGGAGCUGUUGGUACCUUUAUUUCUAAUCCUGCAGACAAUAUUGUUGCAUCUCUUUAUUACAAAAAGGCUGAUAAUGUGGUGCAGGCUGUAAAGAAUAUUGGGCUUGUCAAUUUGUUUACAAGAAGUCUACCUAUCAGGAUCGCAUUUGUGGGACCACUUGUAACCAUGCAAUGGUUAUUCUAUGACACCAUUAAAGUAUUAACUGGACUGCCGACAAGUGGAGAUCUUAAAAGUCACUUGGAAGAAGUGAACUAAAAAGCUUAAGCUGUAAAUGGGCAAUCAUAGUUCAACCAUGUUAAUCUUUUUUACUUCAGGUUAGUUGCCUUUAUUAGGCUUUCCAAUGAAAAUGCAAAUUGGGUUUGAUCAAAUCAUUGACAGUUGAUACUACUACAGCAGUGGCACUUUUUCUCUGCUAUCAAAUUUUUUUGGUGCAGUUCAUGGCGGUGACAAACAUAACUCUUACUCCUGUCUGAGCAGUGUCCACUUUU